AUUCUCUCUGCAUGAAAGCAGGCAGGGUGUAGAGAGCUCAGGUGCACCAGCUGCAGGAUAUCUUUUCCCUGUAACUCUAGCACAAAAACUUAGUGCUUUAACAGCUAAUUCAGGUCAUUUCUGUUGUGUUUCUGCUGCUGUAAUUUCACUGGAGAUCAUUUAUCAAAGCCAGGGAUACAGACUAAAGGCAUCGAAAUGAAAAGAACCGGCGCGUACAGGUUUCUGUCCGUGUUUUCCUGUCUCAUCGUGUGCGCUUUCUUGUUCAUGUUUUGGUUUUUCGUGUUUUACUCCGUGAUAAACGCGCCGUGACCAAAAUAAUUCCUACUGAUGUUAAACAUCUGGAGUGCUAAGCAGGACAGCUGGCUUGUUUUCUCUGGUCGCUAACCACUGUAUUGAAAAGGUUUAGUGAUGUUUGAGCGGAUGUUUUUUUCUCUAAACGUGCUUUAUACAUUCUUUAAAAAAAAAUUAAUGUUAGUUAAUUCGGCAGAUUGGGCUAAAUCUAGGACAUUUUGCAUUUCGCUAACUAGCCAAAGUUAGCGAACUAGCAACCAAGCUGGCUAAGUUGUACCACGUUCUGCGUAGAUCUGUGUAAAUCAAGCUAACUAAGCAGCAGACCUAGUUGCUAUUAGAUACUGACUUUAAAAAUAAAAAUAAUAAUUAUUUACUACAGUCAACAGUCAGCUAGCUAUUCUUCCAAACAUUCAGCGUAAUAGAUUUAGCCACCGUGAGCUAGUCCUCCUUCGCCACCACACUGAGGCUGCGCAGGACGGUGGUCACGUGAUUAAAACAAGGAAGUGAGAAUCUGUGUUUUUUUAUCAAACAGAAGUGUGCUUAAUGCUCAGAUGGCAGCUGGAUCAGUGGAAAAGGGCGCAGCUCUUCCCAAGUUGCAGUUUGCCCCUUUCUCUAGUGCCCUAGAGGCAGGAUUCUGGCAUCAGCUCACCCAGAAGAAACUCAAUGACUAUCGACUGGAUGAAAGUCCAAGAAGCAUCAAGGGUUAUUAUUACAAUGGUGACCCGUCUGGCCUGCCGACUCGUUUGACCUUGGAGUACAGCGCAUUUGAUGUUGAUGGACCCACACCAGCUUACUGCUGUUCUGCUAAGGGAACUCUGUACAACACCAACACACUGGAAGCCUUUAAAUCCAUCGACAAGAAAGCUCUUCUGGAUAAAGCAGCUAAUGAGAUUUGGACAGCCAUCCAGUCAGGUGCUGCAGUGGAAGACCCUUCAGUCCUGAGCCAGUUCAUCAUCUUAACAUUUGCGGAUCUGAAGAAAUACCAGUUUUAUUACUGGUUCUGCUUCCCUGCUAUCUGCUUCUUGGAAGGAAUUCAGCUUGUGAAGGAUCCGGUGUUGCUGCAACAGAAAUUCUCCCCUCGGCAGGUGUCAGCUUUUCAAGCAGCCUACGAUGAGCUAUGUUCAUCAGUUGGAGCCACAGCUGUGCCACAUUUUCUCGUGAAGUACUCUGAGGAGAAUGUUGAAGUGGCUCUGCUGAAAGACUGGGGUUCAUUCUUCACGGAUCUAAAGAAGGUUACCGUGGGUGUCUAUGACCCGUGCACACUGCCUCAACAUCCUGGCUGGCCUCUUCGUAAUUUUCUGAUCCUCCUCGCCAGUAAAUGGGGUUCACAGCUGGACGUGGUUGAAAUCAUCUGCUUCAGAGACAGGACACUUCAAGGCUGUCGCUCAGUGCAGCACAGCCUCGUACUUGAGGUCCAGCUGCCCAGUCUGCUCCAGUGUGCUGCUUGUCCAAAAAGUGUGGGCUGGGAGAAGAACCCCAAAGGAGCAAUGGGGCCUAGAAGUGUCAAUCUCAGUGAAUGCAUGGAUCCCAAAAGACUUGCAGAAUCAUCAGUCGAUCUUAAUCUGAAGUUGAUGCGCUGGCGGCUUGUCCCCUCCCUGGAUUUGGAUAAAGUUGUGUCCACCAAGUGUCUCCUGCUUGGAGCUGGUACGCUGGGCUGCAAUGUGGCGAGGACGCUUAUGGGCUGGGGAGUGAGACACAUCACAUUUGUGGACAAUGCAAAGAUCUCCUACUCGAACCCAGUGCGUCAGGCUCUCUAUGAGUUUGAGGACUGCUUGAAUGGAGGGAAAACUAAAGCCUUGGCUGCAGCAGACAGAUUGAAGAAGAUCUUCCCGGGUGUGAAUGCUGAAGGAUUCAACAUGAGCAUCCCCAUGCCUGGCCACCCUGUGAGUUUUUCUGAAACGAUGAUUGCUCAAGCACAGACAGAUGUGGAGCAGUUGGAGGCACUGAUCUCAGCACACGACGUUGUCUUCCUGCUUAUGGACACGCGGGAGAGUCGAUGGCUCCCCACGGUCAUCGCAGCUAGCCAAAGAAAGCUUGUAGUUAAUGCAGCUCUCGGAUUUGACACCUUCGUUGUAAUGAGGCAUGGCCUUAAGAAACCCAAAGACUCAGAUGCUGGAGACUCCAAAGAAUCAUCUCCAUUGUCUGCAUCAGGUUCCUCAUCCGCCUCAACUCCAACAACGCCAGGAGCGUCUCUGUUCUCUAACAUACCUGGCCAUCGACUAGGCUGUUACUUCUGCAAUGAUGUCGUUGCCCCAGGAGAUUCAACCAAGGACAGGACUCUGGAUCAGCAGUGUACGGUGAGCAGGCCUGGUUUGGCUAUGAUUGCUGGAGCUUUGGCUGUUGAGCUGAUGGUCUCCAUCCUGCAGCACCCAGAGGGUGGAUAUGCGGUAGCAAGUAGCAGUGAUGAUCGCAUGAAUGAACCGCCAACCUCACUCGGCCUCGUCCCUCAUCAGAUUCGAGGCUUCCUCUCCAGAUUUGACAAUGUUCUUCCUGCCAGCUUGGCCUUUGAUAAAUGCACCGCUUGCUCACCAGUGGUCCUGGACCAUUAUGAGCGUGAAGGAUUCCAGUUUUUGUCCAAGGUGUUUAACUCAUCCCAUUCCUUCCUGGAGGAUUUGACAGGUCUGACCCUGCUGCAUCAGGAGACACAGGCUGCUGAGAUUUGGGACAUGAGCGAUGAUGAAAGUAUUUGAAGAAGGACGAACGUGACGCAGGUCAGCACGGACACCUCGGCCAGCCUACACGACAUGACCGAAGAACCAGAGUGACGCCGAGACGGAGUAUAACGUGUUUAACACACAUUCCUCCACUGAUGUGGAUCCAGCACUCACUGAUUACAGAAACACAGCGCUUCUGUUCAUGUGAAGGACACAGAUAUAGUCCUGCUGAACUUUUUAAUGUUCCUUAAACAGUCUCUAAUAAAUAUCAUCUCUAUAGUGUCUAAACAAACUCCUUGUGUUUACAAGUACAAUAAAAAAUGGUCAAAAAUACUA